CCUUUAAAGAAGUGUAGAUGGUAAGUCAUUAAACACUUCACCGUGAACCAUGUGGCAACUGUUGGUGUUGCUCUCGGCCAGCUGGUACGUGUACAGCUACAGCCUCGGACCUAGGAUCAUUGGAGGAGAAAACACGACGAUCGACAAGUACCCGUAUCAAGUGUCUAUUCAAGUCGGAGGCAAACAUGCAUGCGGUGGAUCCAUAAUCAGCGAAAACUUCGUGUUAACAGCGGCGCAUUGUGUCUAUAAUGAAUUAUUUCAGGAUGUGACAGUUCGCGUGAAGAGUACUUAUAGCGAGAAGAGUGGCGAAUUGAUCGGUGGCGUUAAGUUCAUAUGGCCUCCUCAGUUCGAUAAAAAUACUUUGGAUUACGACAUUGCUUUGUUAAAGCUUCCAAACCCUAUAAAGAACGUGAAACCGAUUAAGCUGGCAGAUGCUUCGACAGUGGUGCCGGACGGAAGUAAAGCGGUGGUAACAGGAUGGGGUCGGCUAGUGCCUGGCGGAGGGAUGUCGAGCACUCUGCAAGUUGCUACCGUGCCUACGAUUAAUUGGGCAGAGUGCAAGAAAAAGUAUGCUAAUUUGAAACCUGGUGUAACGGAGAGGAUGAUCUGUGCUAGUAGUUUAAACGGGGACAUGAAUGUAUGCCAGGGUGAUUCCGGAGGUCCACUGGUUUUCAAUGGCGUUCAGAUCGGUAUCGUUUCCUGGGGUGAUGGAUGCACAAAUCGUGGAAAUUAUGGGGUGUACACGCGGGUAUCCAGUUUAAAUAAUUGGAUACAAAACACGAUGAAAGAGAUAUAUAAAUUUUUGUUACUAUCCUUUCGCCAACUUCCCGCCAUGUAUACCUGCUUACCGUUCUUGUUAUUGCUACUCGCUCCGUUCACAUUGUCGCAGUAUUUUUUGUUCCAACUUGAUGAGGGCCGUAUUGUUGGAGGCCAGCCAGCGAGUAUCGAUGAACAUCCGUAUCAAGUAUCUCUGCGAUUUAACAAUCGUCACAUAUGUGGAGGAGCAAUUAUCAGCGAGGAAUGGGUCAUCACUGCGGCCCAUUGCGUUCAAACGAAAUUCAUUCGAUUCGUUUCGAUAAAAGCUGGCACUUCGGACCUCAGAGACGAUGGAAUCGUUGUCUUCGCCAAACAAAUCAUCAGCCAUGAUAAUUACAUGAGAAGAAACGCGGAUUACGACAUUGCUUUGGUUCGGUUGGAAAAGCCGCUGGUGUACAGUUCAUGGGUGAGACCGAUUCUGCUGGCACCGAUAGCCGAUCAUUAUACCGCCGGUAGCAAGGCGGUGGUCACCGGUUGGGGAGUUUUGAGAAGUGACGGACCGUUGACCGAUCAGUUACGUAAAGUCGAGGUACCGCUGGUUUCUAAUUCAGAAUGCUCCGAAUUAUACGUGACCCGACCGAUCACUUCGAGAAUGAUUUGCGCCGGUUACGUAAACCUCGGAGGCAAGGAUGCGUGUCAGGGUGAUAGUGGAGGACCCCUGGUGCAAUAUGACAAACUAAUCGGAAUCGUGUCGUGGGGUUUCGGAUGUGCAAGACCAACCUAUCCGGGCGUUUACACAAGUAUCACGGCUCUUCGAAGUUGGAUCACUGAGAAAACCGGACUCUAAAUCAUUCCUCUUUAAUUACCAGACUGAACGUACAAGCUCUAAAACGUUUUAAUUUAUCCCUACGCGACACAUAAUUAAAUUGUGCAAAUAUUUCCGCACGGAAUAGUAUACGAAUAAAAAUACUGUGAUCACCGUGAUUAUUUAACGUUACAAUGACGCUUUCGAGAGAAAUAAACACGAGAAAAU